UCAUCACUUUAUAAUUUUGCUUUUCGCUCUGCCGGCGCGGUGCGACAGUUUUUUACAUUAUAAAAUAUUAAUUCCUUGUUAUUAUUAAUAUUAUUGAAAUUUAUUAAAUAUAAAUCGAAUUAAUAAGUGUUAAUUUCCACGAUUAAAGUAUCGGUGUUAUAAUUUUAAAGAUGUCUCGCCUGGACCUGGUGAUAUUUGGUGCGACGGGGUUCACGGGUAAACAUGCCGUGAUGGAGAUGAGUCGACAGUUGAAGCAGUAUCCGCUUACGUGGGGUAUCGCUGGACGCUCCCAGAGCAAGCUGGAAGAUGUGAUCAAGGAGGCGUCACAGAAAACUGGUAAUGACCUAUCGGAAGUGAAAAUAAUAGUGGCUGAUGUAGGCGAUGAGAAGUCGCUUAAAGAGAUGUGCAGUCAGGCCAAAGUGUUGGUGAACUGCUGCGGGCCCUACCGGCAUUAUGGCGAGCCGGUCGUGAAGGCAGCUAUCGAGUGCAAGUCACACUAUGUGGAUGUGUCAGGGGAACCACAGUUCAUAGAAUCAAUGCAGUUGAAAUACGGCGAAGCGGCACGUGAAGCGGGUGUGUACGUGAUCAGUGCGUGUGGUUUUGACAGCAUUCCCACUGAUCUUGGGGUUGUCUUCUUGGAGAAAAAAUUUGAAGGUACUGUGAAUUCCGUGGAAUCGUAUCUUAGUUCGGAGGCGAAGGGUUCUGUGACCAGCGGGGUGAUUAACUAUGGUACCUGGGAGUCUUUAGUUUACGGAAUAACACAUUUAAACGAAUUGCCGAGUCUGAGAAAGAAGAUCUAUCCUGAAAAGUUGCCAGAGUUUAAACCGAAGCUCAAGUCUAGAUCAGUCAUCCACCAGCGCCUAUCUGGAUGGUGCCUUCCCUUUCCGGGAUCUGACUCAUCCAUAGUAUACAGGACGCAGCGUACUUUAUUGGAACGGGACGGAAAACGGCCCGUACAAAUUAAAACAUACGUGAAAUUUACCAGUCUUUUAACUACGCUGGCUGUUGCAUUCUCUUCUGUGAUGCUGUUUUUAUUAACCAGAUUAAGUUUCACGCGAGACCUUCUCCUUAAGCACCCACGUUUGUUCACCAUGGGUGCCGUCACCCGCGAGGGCCCCAGUGAGGAGGUGAUGAACAGCACCAUCUUCUCGUUUCUGCUGCUGGGUGAAGGAUGGAGUCAGGGGUCUGAUGUCACCUCACCGCCCAAUAAGAAACUUGCAGUUAAGGUGUCCGGUGUGAAUCCCGGAUAUGGUGCGACAGUUGUAGCUCUCUUGUUCUCGGCACUCACAAUACUUACUGAGAAGGACAAAAUGCCAAAAGAGGGCGGAGUUCUAACCACCGGUGUGGCGUUCAGAGAUACAAACAUUAUCCAACACCUCCACGAAAAUAAUCUUAAGUUUGAAGUUGUUAAUGAUGAAUUUAAAUAAAUUAACGUUGUUUUUAACAUUACAACAUUAAAAAAAACAAUUUUAACAAGUUUUUGUUAUAUUCGUGUAAAUUGUUCUUUUUGUAUUUUAUUUGUUAUUAAAUAAGAAUGAAGAGUGAGAAAAAUAUACAUGGGAAAUGGUAAUUCUAUAAUAUAAUCCGGGUGUUGAAACGUCGUAUUUUGAAGAAAAAAAAGCGUGGUCUAAUUAAAAACAUAGAAUAUAUAAAUCUCCAGGAUUUAGACAUUUACAGAGCAUUUAUGUUCAAUCAGUAUGAUUCUCGUUCGACUUGAAAUUCUGGCUAAGUUUUGUCUCUGAAUCUUACCCUAACUUGCAACUCUUUAAUGUCAUGGCAAGUCCUAUUAGUAGUUUUUUUGACAACCAUUGUGGUAUCGCGCUACAAUUUUUUAAUUUGCAUACUCAGUGAUUUUGAAAAUUCUCAUAGAUUUUAUUACUUGUUUAUGAGUCUAAAGCUACUAACUGUUAGUGGUGCUUAUAUCGCAUUUAUUACUUAUAUUAUUAAUAUGUUAUUUUAAUGCUUACUAAGUGCGUAAAUUGGUGUAUAUUUUUGUAAUUAAAUUAAUGAAUAUA